AUGUCUCUGUUUUCUUCUGACACUAUUUGCUGGUGCUCAGCAUUUUGUGUUGUAUAAAGCAGCAUGUAGAAAGAUGGAGGUAGACUGAUUUGCAGGGUUGUUUUUCUAAAGGAAAGGGUACAUUUAGAAGUUUCCCCCUGUAUGCCUACCAGAUGAAAACUGAGGUCCCUACAAUUUCUUCUACCCAUAACCUCACAUAUAUUUAUUAGCUUAGGAUUCACAAAGUACAUAAGGAAAGAUGCUAGAAACCUUUAAACAUGUAAGGAUGUUGGGUCAUUUGACACAACCAGUUAAACCAGUAAGACCCUAUAAAAUGGUUGUAGGUAGUAGAGUGUAAUGAUCAGUCAAGACAACAGCCCAUUUGCAUCAGAGCUUCCCAGGAUGAAUCUAAAUCUCAACAAAAUUGUAUCUUCUCUACAGAGAAGUGGGACAUUUAUCAAUACCUUGAUUGCAGGCUUGACUAUAUGUGGACAACAACUGUUCUCCUCUUAUACAUUCAGAUGUCCCUGUCAGGUUGGGAGAAAUUUUUAUUAUGGUUCAGCUUUUCUUCUUGUUCCUGCCUUGAUCCUUCUGUUUGCUGGCUAUUCUCUGAGAGACCAAAUGUGGACAUUUGCCAGUGACUAUUGCUGUAGCUGUAGCCUUCCACGACGGCGAAUCAGCCCCCUGGAGCACAGACUGGCUUGCCUUAGAUUCUUCAGCAUCACUGGGAGGGCCCUUGUUGCUCCAUUCACCUGGCUGGCAGUGACCCUGCUGAAAGGCACCUACUAUGAAUGCGCAGCAAGUGAGUUUGUAUCUGUGGACCAUUAUCCAGUGUUUGAUAAUAUCACUGCCAUUAAACGAGAAGAGCUGCUAGCUGGAUUCCCAUGUGACAGGCCAUCACCUUCUUCUGAAAUGAGCCUAGUGAAAGAUGAAGUCGCUCUUCUGCACAGGUACCAAUCACAAAUGCUAGGCUGGAUUUUGAUCACCUUGGCAACCACUGGUGUCCUGGUCUCCUGCUGUCUGGUGAGGUGCUGUUCCCCCCUCUUCUCUCUGCAGCAUCACUACUGGACCCGCCACCUAGAAAAUGAGAGAGAGCUCUUUGAGCAAGCAGCAGAAGAACACUCCCGGUUCAUUAUCAGGCAGCGCAUAAAGAAGUUAUUUGGUUUUGUUCCUGGGAAUGAAGAUAUCACACAGAUCCGCAUUCCUUCAUGUCAGGACUGGAGAGAGAUUUCAGUGCCCAGUCUUCUGUGCAUGGGUGAUAGCACAAAUGGUCUCUAUAGCUCGCUUGGUGACAGGGUGGUUGAAGAUAAUGAGGAAGAAAAAUUAGGAGGCAUUGAAUUAAAACCCUGA